CAGAACCAGUCUGUUGAGACAUUUGAAACAUAGAACCCGCCAAACCAGUUUCAUUAUCAGGUGAAACCUGCACCAUACCAACAUUUGUCGCAGUAUAAAGAAAAGCACAUGCAGCGGACCCUAUAACCAUUCCUGGUACUGCGAAUCUCCAAUAGAGACUUUGUUCAUCUCCAAAACUGAUAAGUAAAACGCCAGAAAGGGAUGCGAGAUAUGCAACAAGAAUUGAAAGUUUGAAAUUAGCAUACUUCAAAAUGGUUGAAGCUAAAGAACCACUUAUAGCACUAGCAAUACCAAAUGGAAGGAAAUGAACUGCUGCUUUUGUCGGGUCCCAAUGCCAAACAUCUUGAUAAAUAUUAGCCAAAGAAAUCAAAACGCAAGUCCACCAGCCAGAUACAGUCAAUGAGGCACAGAACAAAACAGUCAUGCCCUUGUAACGCCAAACUCUUGGUGGAAUGAGAGCUCUCCUGGGAGACAUUCUAGUUUGAAGAUAAAAAAAGGCGACCAAAAGCAAGACAGCUAGUAUUAGUGGUACUAAGAUGUGUGCAGUUGGCCAUCCUACUGUAUUUCCGGCUGUAAGAGAGUAAAUAAGUAAUACUAGGCCAGCAACCAUAAUAAAAGAGCUAACGAAAUCCAUUUUACUAUCAGUCUCAAACUUGAGUGGAACAUCUGGUAUCGUGAAGAAGGAAGCGAGCGAAAGGGGGAUUGUGAUGAUGGAAAUAAUCCAAAGUACCCAUUGCCAGUCGACGCUUGUGAGUAGACCACCAAAGAUAGUACCGGUUACAUUAGCAAUGCCUCCGCACAAACAGAAGAUUGAUAGCGCUAUUCGGCGAUAUUCCUCAUCUGGGAACUCCAUAACGAUAAGCUUGAUCCCUGAUGGUAUAGUUGCAGCAGCUCCCCAUCCCGAAAGAGCUUUGAGUAUUACGAGAGCGACAGCAUUUUUACAAAAACCAGCUCCAAGGUGUAAAAUGCCCAUCCAGGCCAAACCAAUAACGAAGACUAACUUGGGUGAAUAUAAAUCACUCAAUUUACCAAACACGAGUAAAAAGGAUGCGAAUACCAAAAGAUAUCCAUCAAUAACCCAUGAACUUGUAGCGCUAUCCAAUGAAAGCUCUUCACCGAUGAUUGGAAUAGCUAUAAUUGUGGCAUAUGUUCCGAAUACAUCUAUAUAUUGAGCUAAACUGAAUAUGACUAAGUUUAGCCAAUUUUUCCAAUUGGGUUUUAUAUGGAUAACUUCGCUGCUUUCCUCGUUAUUGAGCUCUCGAGAGGACUUAUCUAGCAUUAAGCUUUGAAGUAAUUGAACACAGAGUUUAAUGGCGUCUUCCGAAAAUAUAUACUUUCAUGCUGUCGGAACUGAAUCGAGUUUCCGACGGAAUUCUGAUCAGGCAGGAUUUUUCAACAGAUCAGCUAACUUUUGAGGUUUUAAUCGUUUGCGAAACCUUUAUCCUAAAACAUCUUCAAUUAAAUAGUCACAUAAUAGCUCUUCGAUUGUAACUAUUAUGUCAGUCGAGAAGAAAAGGAAGAUGAGCAAAGUGCGGGUCUGCGAUAACUGCAGACGACGGAAGAUAAAGUGCGAUAUUGAGGAUAUGCUACUAUUCGGUGUAGAUAGCUGCAGUAGAUGUAGAGAUACUAACAGCAGUUGUACCUUCGAAGAGAUCGCUGGUAAGGGCACGAAAUAUAAAGAUUUAUACCAAUCUCUACACAUCAAAUACGAUAAGUUUGUCGAUCUAUUUCAAAAGUUCCACCCCGGAGUUGAUAUGGAGACUUUCAGUUGUGAUUUCUCCGAGGAAUCGUCUAGUAGCUACCGCAGCUUCAUCCAGGAAACUCCGAUUGAUCUAAAAACCCCAAGCAGAGCUUUAGAGAUUGAAACUGCUGCCGUUGAAGCACACAUAAACAAUGGGUUAUAUCCACAUGAUAAGCGUAUUCUUGGUGAUGCUUCCGCUUUCAAGUUGAAACCUGUUGAACAGAUAAGACAACUGGCGUUUGGUAGCCCAGGCAAUUUUUUCCUACAUAGGAGAGCGGAAUUUUGGUCGGAUUUACUCUGGAGAGAUAAGGACGAUGGUAGCUUUAAUCCUCCUGAGAGCUUGAUAUCAACUUUAGUGGACCAUUACUUUAGUAGGACUAAUCUCUUUAGACCACUUCUUCAUAAGCAGACAUUUUUUGCACAGUGGUCAAUAAAAGCUCAUGAUGUUGAUUUUCAGAGGCUACUAUGGCUUGUUUGUGCUAUUGGGAGUCGAUUCUAUGAUGAUUCACGAGUCUUAGAUAAAUCUGAUAUCGAUAGAGACGGUAAUGUUACCUCAUGGCACAGCGCUGGAUGGCCAUUUUUCCUCAAAUUUCUUGCGAUCGCGAAACCAAUGUCAGGGAUAUCACCGACACUAGCUGAUCUCCAACAAUCAGUUCUGGCGGCAGUCUUCUUACAUUCUACCCCUUAUCAUGCAAGCUCAUGGACAUUGGCAGGUCAAGCGUUGGUGUUAUCCGCUGAUAUAGGAGCUCAUAGUGGUCUAGUAUAUAGCGAUGAGCUCAAAAACGAGCUGAGGAUUAGAGCAUUCUAUAAUCUGUUUCAGAUUGAUGUUGAGACAUCGACAUUUCAAGGACGAGAUUGCAUUUCGCAACAGUUGGUGAAGAUAAUGAGACCAUCUCCACUUCAGGAUGAGCUUGGGACUCCGAGUGAAAGCGGUUUAAUCUUCUUCAACGCGUUUCUUUCUCUUUUGGUGAUUACGCGUGAUGUUCUUGCAAAAAUAUAUAAUGAAGGCACCAUAAGAGAUGCACAAAAUGACCAACAAAAAGCAGCUAGGAUACUGGAUACUUUCAAUCAACUUAAUUCAAGACUAGAUAAGUGGUUCAUGGGUUUGCCAAGUUAUCUUCAAUGGUCUGGCAGAAAAGAUGAUAUCUAUGUUUUUAUUCAGAGGUCUUGCUUGAUGGGUUCAUAUCUUAUGGUACAAAUUCUCCUACACAGACCAUUUAUAAACGCCUGUGGUGAAUUGCUUUCACUUUCAAGUAUCUCUUCAGCCGUUUGUAUUAAUUGCGCGCUCAGUAUGGCACAUGUUGCUAGCGAAUUCAAAGAUGUGGACCCUCGCACAGACACUAUGGUUACAAAUGUCUUUGUCAUCUGUGUGGCGGCAUUGACUUCUAAAUGGGUUGCCAAGCUUAAAGGAGGAAUUAUAGGAGCAGUUGUGCAAGUGGAUAAUGCGAUAGAUGAGCUUCAUAAUUAUCUCAAAUUGAGAGAAAAGCAUUAUUAUGUAGCUGGUAGGUUAGCAGAUAUUAUCAGUUACCUUAAGGAUACCAGUGAGAGUAAUAAUCUAGACAAUCUCUUUACUAUUUCAAACGAAGAGCUCUUCAACUUGGAUAUAGAUAGUCUUAUUAGCUCAACAGUGGCAUCUUUGCCUAUGUAGACCUAUCUGAAAGAUGUUUUAUUUAGAAUAU